UAAAACAGAAUACCGUUUCGUUUUUAGACAGACAUUAAAAUAGAUGAAAUAUUGAAAAGCCGUGCUUUAUAGUCACGAAAAGGGGUCUGAAACGGAAGUUAAAGUGUAAUGUUAUGAAAGUUGGUAAAAUGAACUAUUUUAUAAAAAAGUUACAGAGUUUGAAAAGUUAUGUUGCGAGACAUGAUUGAAGAUGAAUAUUUAUUUCUGCUAUUGUUGUCUGCUAUGUGUUAUUGCUACAGGUCUGUCUGAAAAUGGUAACUGGUAUCAAGGAUGUUUCUCAAGAAAUUCUAGUAGUAUUGAUAGUACAGAUGUAGUAACCAAAUUACAUAGAAAUUUAUCAGAAGGACAGUCACUGAAUGAGGUUAUAGUGGAAUGUAGUAUGAGAUGUAAAAGGGAAAGAUAUUUGUAUCUUGCCUCCAGUAUAGAAGAACCAUGUUUCUGUACGAAUAAAAGUUUAGAGGAUUGGACUACGGUAGAAGACUCUUACUGCAGUUCCAACAGUAGUACAGAUGAUGUGAACAGUGGCCAGAUCUUCCUACCAUUUGGUCAUUCUGAGGACUAUCUUGCAGUUUAUCUAACCAAUGGACCUUACAUAGAUCGUGUCACAUUGAAGUUUGAACAGAAAUGGAUAGUUGUUGAUACUGAUGUGGUACUUGAAGUUUCUAUAGCAAUACCAAAGCUGAUUCCUGUUUCAGAUGAAAUUGGAGAUGUAGUGGGACCAGUUAACAUCAUUAUUAAUGAAGACUAUAAGUCGUCUUACAGAAAUUAUUUGACCAACCAGAUGACAGCUGAAACCUGCAGUAAUUUUUUAAAAGAAAGAACCAAGAACCAAACUUACAGCAUAUAUCCAGUAAAGGAAACAGCUAAUUUCACAAUUCCCUAUUCAUUUGCUGAAGUUGGAGAACAGUCUGUUGAGGUGCGUGUUAUCAAUAAGUUAUCUACCUUACUAUCAACAAUCACUGUCACAGUUCAACAACCAGAACCAAAGGACCUCCAAGUAGUAUUAGAAACAAAUGAAGCAAAUAGACCAUCUUGUAUCCCAGACUCCUUUGCUUUACCAGAAAAUGCCAAAGUCUUUGCAGUUUUUAUUGAUGCAGAGUUCAUUGUUGAAGCCUCUGUUGCUCAUGGAAACAACUUAACCUUUAUUUAUCGUACAACUGAUGCAGAUGGACAGUCAAAUCAGACUUCUGAUAGACCAUGUGACCUAACAUGUGACUCCAUCGUAGUUGACAGUGCUGAAAAAUGUCAAGAUUCACACAAGACUAUGGUUAUCAGAAACCAGGGUGUGUACAAACAAACUGUUGAGGUUUGGAAUACAUUUGGUCAUCUGGCAGAAACUUUAUAUCUUGUUGCUAUGGAAGAUAAGCUGAUGAACCAAACAUUUACCAUACCAUCAAAUAUGACGCAAUUUUUACCUGGGCAGUCUGUCAUUUUCCUUGUAACCAUAGAGAUAAGGUCAAGGUUCAAUACUUCAUUAAAGGUGCAGUUCUAUAAAGAUCAUUAUCACUUUGCAACAUUAGAAGAUUCAAAUACCACUGCCUUGUCAAUUAAUUGUAAGCAAGGCGACAUGACAAUUGUGUCAACUUAUGGCCAAGGGUGCAUAUUAGCUAUCCAAUUUGAACAUGAUUUUACAGAAGAAGGCUCCUUUAUUCCAGAAGUUUGUAUUAGUAAUGAAGAAAUAACCCUUCAAAAGAAGUUAGAAUCAGCAAUCAUGAUUGUAAAUCGUCUUGAAGGAGCUAGGCUUCAAUUGGAGAAAAUCAUUGCAGUCAAUCAUACAACAAAUAUAACAUUAGAUUUAACUGUACCUUCUAUCAGUAUGACUGUUUCUUGGUUAGUUGUUAAUGGAGAAGGAGACUUUGUUACAAAUAAAUCAAGUUCCCACCCGUAUUUGGUUUAUAGUUUUCCUGAACCAGGUUUUUAUCACAUAUUUUGUAAUGCUAGUAACAUUAUAAACACUCUACAUGCAAGAACAAGCAUCCAUGUCCAAGAACCAGUCCUAGAUUUAAACAUUUCUUGUGGAGAGAAACUUGUACUACAGACUGAUGAAGUCCUAAACUGCCUUUCUGAGGUCUCACAAGGAACAGAUGUUGAAUUCAAAUGGAGAGUUUUUAGUGACUAUAGCAAUAUUCCUACAACAGUUACUAACAGCAAUGUAACUUCACUAGCAUCCAUUGUUAUUACUGAACCAGGCAUCUACAAUAUAAGUGUUUCUGCCAGCAAUGAUGUGAGUUCCAUAUCAGUUUAUCUGGACAAUCUAAUUAAAGUUGAAGUCCCACUCACAUAUGUUAUCAUACAACAGAGAAAACCAAACAUUUUGGGUGAAAAAACUGACCUUAAAAUUAUCGUCUCAGAAAACAAAAAAUGUGAUGUUGAAUUAGAAUUUGACUUUGGACAAGGCAGAAUACAGUAUAAUUACACAUAUGAACUAUCCAAUGGUGCUUACUAUCUUGAUUACAUAUUUGACAAGGCAGGCAUACAUAAUGUCACUGUAUUUGCUUACAAUGGUGUUUCUGAAGUGGCCAGUUACGUGGAAGUCAUUGUUGAAAAUAUGAUAGAAAAUCUGGAGAUCAUGUUGGACAGAGCACCAACCAUUGGGGUACCAGCUAUAUUUGUUGUGAAAGCUGAAGAUCAGAUCCUAAGCCGAGAGGAUCUCAUCUUCACAUGGGAUUUCUCUGAUGGAACACACAUUGUGUCUAGGAGUCCUGUUGUUUCAAAGAAUUUCUCUGCUCCAGGAAACCAUGAUAUCAAUUUCACAGCAAAAAAUCUAGUAUCAGAGUAUAAAAGAUCAUUCCAAGAGGAUGUAUGCAGUGAAAUGCCAGUUUCUAUGGUCUUACUUCAUGACACUAUUGUACCAGUAAACCAAGAAAUCAUGUUUAUAUUGAUGGGAAAUUAUUCCAAGUUGGAUACUGUUAAUAUUGAUUAUGGGGACCAGAACCAACAAGCUAUAGAAAAGGAAGAUCCCUUUGAAUGGAAACAUGUCUAUAAAAAGGCAGAUUUAUACCAUAUAUUGGUCAGUUUCACUGGAGAGAAUUCUGAAGGAGACCCUAUUCAUAGUCUGAUAGUAGUGGAGGAAGAAGUUACAGGACUGGCUCUAACUGGACCAACUGUUGUAGAAAUUAAAGGGUUAGGAAGACAUCAUAUAUGGGAUGCUUUAACAGAAUCUGGAACAAACAUGAUAUACAUGUGGGAUUUUGGUGGGAAAGAUGUCAAAUAUACAACUCACAAUAAGUUUUCCAGAGGAUUUGAUAUGCCUGGUACACAUGUACUUAAAGUAACUGCAUUAAACGAUAUCAGUCAGCAGUCUUCUGAUCUGACUGUUGUUGUCCAGUAUCCAAUUGUACAUGUCAAGUUAGCUGCUUCUCCUGUUAUCCUUGGAGAACCAACUGUCAUCAAUGUAAAGGUCAAUGGUGGCAGGAUUUUUUUUAUCCAUAUUAACUAUGGCGAUGGUCAGUCAGAAACAUUAUCAUCAGAAAAUAAAACUUUAAAGAUUACCACAGAACAUCCACCAGAAAGAGGCUUGCCAAGAUAUUUGGUAGCUAUUGAUCAUGUCUACAAGUCAAUUGGAGAUUAUGAGAUUACAGCCAAUAUCUCCAACCUGGUAUCAUACAAACUACAGACAACUCUAUGUACAAUACACGAACCAAUUAUUGUAACAAGUGUUACAACAGAUUCACCUAUGGUGUUCCCUGUCCCGGAACAAGUCAAUGUCACAGUAAUGAUAGCCUCUGGAAAAGACUUGCAAUUUAAAUGGGAAUUCACUGACCAGGAUUACAGCAUUGUUUCUAAAGUCAGCACAAGCAAUACAAUUACACACUUUUUUGAAUAUUCUGGUGAUUAUGAAGUCACAGUCAAGGUCACCAACCAACUAUAUAAAGAACCAGUUGUUGCUAAGCUACCAGAUAAGUUCAAGGCUGUUGAUGAAAUAAGUGGUCUGAAGAUAAUUGAAGCUCAUGGUUGGAAGAAAACACUUCUGAAGGGAAGAAAACCAGACUGGUCAACAGAAGAGAUUGUAUUCAAAGCUUUGUGUGAGGUAGGAUCUCAUGUGACAUUCAUUUUCCAUUUUGGAGAUGGACAUUCAAAAUCAGUAGAAGGAAAGAUGAAUUAUUUAUUCUUUCAAAUAUCUGGAGAAGCUUCACAUCAGUAUACAACAGAGGGAGUGUAUCCAGUGUAUGUAACAGCUAUCAAUCCAUUGGGAAAUACUACAUCAUAUUUAAAAGAGCCAUUUCAUGUCCAGAGACCUCCUGCAACACCUAAGUUGAGAGAAAAUUAUUACAUACAAUAUGGUCAGAAUUUCACAUUCAAAGUAGAACAAAUUGACGAUGAAAAUAUCACAUUUGAUUGGAAAUUUGGUGACCUAACAGAUGUUGUCAAUAGCAACAGUUCUGAAAUCAGUCAUUUGUAUCAGAAUGCUGGAAGGUAUAAUUUGGCUGUCAUAGCUAAUGAUAGAGGAAUAAAGAAUACUGCCAGUGCUAAAGUCUAUGUGCAACAAAAAAUACAAGGGGUAACUUUAAAUAUAUCCUCCAGUUUAAAAGAUGGGCCAGAAGUUGUAACUCUGUCUGCACAUGCCUUUCCAAAAUACAAUGGUUUGGUGAAAUACUAUAAGUGGAGAUUCAAUGGUUGGCAGCAUGGAAGUUUGAAAUCAUCUAAAGUCACUACUGAUCCUUUUAUACAACACACAGAUUAUACAGAGAGGUACACAGUGACAGUUUCUGCUUUUAAUAAUGUCAGUAAUGCUACGUCAUCGGCUAUUAUCUUACCAAUCCAAAUAAAAAAGUUGAAAAUUCUGAUGGAUGGAGACCCAUUAAUCAACAGAACUCUUAAAUUCAAGAUAACUACCUAUGGUGGAUCUGAUAUUUCACUGAGAUGGAAUUUUGGAGAUGGUACACCAGUAAUUCAUGUGAAUGAUAGUAGCCUUUAUGUAAAACAUGUUUUUAUCAAAGAAGGAGUGUACAAUGUGACAGUAUUAGCAUCCAAUUCUAUCAGCCAUGCCAGUGAAAGUAAACAGUUGUUUGUCCUGGAUAGGAAAUGUUUCCCACCAGAAAUAUCUGUACAUGGUCAAAAUAUAACACUAACAACAAUAAAUAAGUCCCAGCAGUUACGUUUUGAAGUAGAAAUGGCUAUACCUGUGUGUGAGAACACAACAAUCCAUGCUGAGUAUAGUUGGAGGUUGUAUAACAGCUCUGAUAACCAACUCGUACAACUUGAACAUGUGGCUAGAAAUACAUUCCACCAGAAGAUAUUGAUGAUACCGCCUUGCAUAUUAGAAGGUGGAAAAUAUCAGUUGGAAGUUAAGGUACAAAUAAAAGAUACUAUUGUAUACAGAAAGAAAACUAUGGCUGUAGAAGUCCUUCAGAGUCCUUUGUCAGCUGUUAUCAAAGGUGGUAUUGUAAGGGAGAUAACUCGUCAUGAUACUGUUCUGUUGGAUGGUUCCCUGUCUGGUGAUGUAGAUUGUACUGACAAUGGUCAGUUAAGGUACAAAUGGACUUGCUCCAGAAACUUUGAUGAUGCUUCAGAAUCCUGUUUUAAAGAUAACAUCACUGAUGUAGUGACAUUUAACCAGUCUGUAGUUGUAUUUCCAGCAGAAUAUUUUGUUUCUACACUCAUUGAAGUUGUCAUUAAUUUGACAGUAUGGAGAGAUGACAAAAAUCCACAGAGUACUUUCCAAGUUAUAAAGAUCAAUGACAAGCCUAGAUCUAUGAUGCUGAGUAUUUAUUGUCCACAGUGUGAGAAGCAUAGAAUAAAUGUGAAUGAACGCCUUUUACUCCAAGCUGUGUGUCAAGGAUGUCCAGAGAAUGAUACACAAUACAAAUGGACCACACAUUUUGUUUAUCAGAGAUACUAUCCCCGUCAAGACCCUGUUGUUUGUUUGAUAAAGAGAGCUGAUGGGUCCAGCUUUAAUUUGAUGGUUUUAGAAAAUGAAACAGUAUCAGAGAAUGACACUUACAAAGAUAUGUACAUACCAGAGACUAGAGCCCGCGACAGUCAACUGUUAGGAAAUAAUUCAGUGAUUAAUAAAUCCUUGUUUGAUGUGAAUAACACAGUAAGAAGAAAAAGACAGUCCCCUUUUGAUCUUCCUACCACACCAAUGUAUCCUACCAUUAGGAAAAGCCCAAGAUUUGAGAUACCAUUUGGCAUACCAAGAAGUAGAUCCAGUUAUAGUAGAAGAGGUCGAACACACUACAGUGCUAACACUCCUAACGCUCCUUACAAUGCCUUUCAUUUAUUAGGUACAGGAAUAGUAGGAUUGGAAGAAGGAACUCCAACGAACUCUAGACAUAAAGACAGACCAUCUUAUGUGGAACCAGGAGUGGAUCAUGGAAAUAUAGAUAGAGUGUACAAUCAGCAGAGCCAAUUACCUGCAAGAAAGGUUCAUAUCCUAGAAAAGUCCAGUCGACGUGCCUACCUGUUUGAUGAACAGACUACUACAGGCACACAUAAACAAUCCCUUGUCAUUAAACCAGACUUCUUCAGACAGGGCUUAGAAUACAUUAUCAAAGUUCAGGCUAAAACGAAAGAUGGAAGUAUAUUAGGGACAGCCAUGACAACUUUCUCUAUAAACUCUGGGCCAUCUAAAGGAGAAUGUGAGAUUAUUCCAGAUACUGGUACAGAAAUAAUAACAGAAUUUAAGCUUUAUUGUAAGGCUUGGCAAGAUCAGGACAAGCCAAUCCAAUAUGAAGUAAGUUACAGCUUUGAUGAAGAUGGAAUUAAAUAUAUAAUAUACAGAGGCUUGCGACAUGAUGUUAACUUCACACUGCCAGCUGGUGAUGUGUCUCAAAACCAUAAAGUGACAGUAUACAUAUCAGUAUUGGACGAUUUGCUAGCGAGAACAUCUGUGUGUACAUAUUUGUUAGAAGUUCAACCGAUAUCUCUGGGAUCAGGACAGAACUUAGAAGACUUUGUCCUCAGUCAUACAGAUUCAACAAAUCCUUUUGGCAGAUUAGCAUUAGCCAGAAGACGUGGUGAUGAUCAUCAGUUAAAGAGUUGCAUCCUGUCUCUAGGUAGAUGUCUGCAAAGGCUGAUCACUUCUGUAAAAUACAAUGAUAACAAAGUCACAGAGUCCAUUCAACGUAUGCUUGAACUUUUACAAGAAUUGGCACUGAGAGAUGAGUUAGAAGUCUUACAGACAGUGCAAGCAUUAGAAUCUUUAGUGGCAUUAAGUCAUAAGUUUGGUAUGGAUGCAUUUGAAGAAUCCAUUAAGCUAUUAAAAAAGAUAGAAGAUAAAUUAAAGCAGUUCAGUUCUCCAAGUGAUGAUUUGUAUAUCAUGCUACAUAGAAUCACGUCCAGUUUAAUCGAGACUUUGGCUCAUCAGGACAACUUAUUUGAAUCUUGGGCAGCCAGCAAGAUGUCAAAUGAAAAACCUACUGACCAGGAGACCUUGGAUACACAGUUAGGCUGGAAUAGUAGCCAUGACAGUAUGGUAUCUACUGAGGACAAUAAUGCAAUGACAGAAAACACCAGCUUCAUUGCAACACACAGUAGCUGGUUGAAUAACAGCAAUGGUGUUAAAGACAACAACUACUCGUUACCUUCUGAUGACAGUUUAUCUCCUGACAUGGGGUUGGUACACAAACUUCAUGAAGAACAGAUAAGAAGGAUGCACAGAAAUUAUUUAGAGGCUGUCAUACAAGUUCAUCAUUCUCUAUUACAGAGAGAGAUGACCUUCCACACAUGCAGCGAAGGAGAACUGAUAAAAACUUCAAAGUUCAUAACAACAAAAGCUGUGAGAUACAGACUCCAUGAUAGACCUGUGUUAGAAAUCAGCCAAUCAAAGAUUGUUUUACCUCAGAAGAUGGACCUAGUUUUAAAGACGGAGAGUUUUGAUAAGCUAAAUGGAGACAUAUUUUUACCCAGUCAGAAUUGUUAUCAAGUUCAUAUGACAAAAUAUAACUUUAAUCCAUAUUCCUAUAACAGAGAAGAAAAAGAUAAGAUUCAGUCAGAAGUCUGUUCAGUAAAAAUUCUUACCUGUAAUGGCAGUCAAGUUGAUGUACAAAACCUAGCUGAUGAUAAUAUGGUUUAUCUGGAGAUCCCUAGAAAAGCUGACAAGAUAGAUAUGAUUAGUUUUCACCAAUUGGAGAAGUCAGUUAUGAAUAUUCAUGGCUUUAAUGUGAGCCUCUCUGAUCGAAAUAACUCAUUAAAUCUGGAUGUUGAAUUAGUACCAGUAACAGAGGGUAGACUGUUUACCAUUGCAGUUUUGAUAAAUUACAACACACCACCCACUCCAAGUCAGUAUAUAAAGAGAGAGGUAAUACAAGGCAAUCAUUUACAGAUAUUCCUUCCAUCUGGAUAUUUGAAUUUUUCUGGUGAAUAUUUUAUUGGUUUAGUGGAUGCUGGUCUGAACACUGGUCGUCCUAGGGAAGGGGAGGUUACUCUAAGAAAUUAUACCCUCAAAUUAUGGUGGAAUAAGUGUUUGUUUUGGAAUGAUACAACGAGACAUUGGUCAGACAAUGGUUGCUGGGCCACAGGGAAGUCGUCUUAUUAUAAAACUCAUUGCAGAUGUAACCAUAUGACAGCAUUUGGUGGCCAUUUUGAACUGGUUCCAAAUGAUUUUUCUCACAUAUCAAUCGAAGACUUCUUUGAUCUAAAUGAAAACCCAGUGGCUGUAUGUUUGACAGGAGUUCUUCUUCUGUUGUAUGUACUGCUAAUGGUUCUCUGUCACAGACUGGAUAAACAUGAUGCCAGGAAAGGGGGAAUAACCUACUUGAUAGACAAUAACUUGACUGAUAAACAGAAAUAUGAAGUUACGAUAGAAACAGGCUUUAGGAAAGGAGCAGGCACGACAGCUAAGAUAAGUGUAAUUUUACAUGGAGAGGAAGGAAUGUCAGAGACAAGGGAGUUAAUCAGUGAUGAUGACCGACCAUUGUUUGAACGCAAUUCUAGAGACCAGUUUAUACUAACUUUACCAGACAGUAUUGGAAAGAUAUGGAAAGUACAGUUAUGGCAUAAUAACCAUGGAGCUUCACCUAGUUGGUAUCUGAGUAGAGUUAUAGUUAAAGAUUUAAAUAGUGGAAGUACCUACUACUUUAUAUCAGAGAAAUGGUUGGCUGUGGAAGAGGACGAUGGGAAGGUUGAGAGAGAGUUCAUGGCUUUAGAAGGAAAUCUUGGCUUUAGAAAAGCGUUCUGGACUAAAGGAACACAGUAUUUCUCUGAUUACCACUUAUGGAUGUCACUGGUCACCUGUCCAUCCUACAGCCAGUUUAACAGAAAACAGAGACUAACCUGUGGUCUGACUCUCCUGAUGAUGUACAUGUGUUUAAAUGCCAUGUGGUACAAAGAAAUUAAACCUGAGUAUCGUGGUGAGUUUGGACUGUUAGAUGUAUCACUAAGGAACAUAACUGUUGGAGCCAUCUGUUGUGGUGUAGUUAUUCCAGUCAAUCUACUCAUACUAUUGCUAUUCAGGAGAAGUAAGAAAGAACAGUCUGGUUACCACAAUGAACCAAUUCCUGACGAGGAAAAAGAGGAUGAACAGUUUGCAAGUGGAAAGCCUAAUGAGCAUGUGCAAGAAGAAGAGGAAGUGGAAUCUGUCCAGCCAAUUAUGACAUACUCCAUUUUGGAUCAGUCCAUCCUUAAUUGGCCUAGUAUACAAGACUGGGCACAAAAACAGUGGGUUAAAAGACACCAGGGGUAUCAAGAGACAUCAAACAGUCCAGAAAUAUCACAAAUACCUAAUCAGAUUGUUCAGAGAAGAAUUUUAGGAUCAGAAAUAGACCAAGCCUCCAGUGGCUUUGAAGAUUCUAAUAGUACAGAUCCUCGUAGACAAGUGACCAUUAGUUCUCAAAACAGUAGUCAGAAGAUGAAAGCUCCAUCCGUCUCCAGUGGAUCUAGUCAAAAAGGUUCAAGUUGCAGUUCCAGAAAAGUUAGCAGUAGCCGUUUAUUCUUACCUUACUGGUGCCAGUUUAUAGCCUGGUUUCUAUGUGUUGUAAUAACUGGUACCUGUGCUGUGAUCACAGUUAUGUAUGGAUUCAGAUUUGGAAUAUCUAAGAGUAUGAUGUGGUUACAGUCACUGUAUUUUAGUUUCAUGGUCUGUGUAUUUAUAGCUCAGCCAUUCAUGAUAAUUAUAGCAGUGAUCUAUACAGCUAUUAGAUAUAAGAACGACCCAUCCAUCUUGGACCAUUAUGAAGAUGGAGAGUUUGGGGAGAAAGCUAAACUAGAAAUACUGAGGAGAAAGAAAGAACAAGUACAGUACACAGAACAGGAGGAAUUAGAAAGGGGAGUUGCUGCUAGGCAGAGAUCAAGAUACCUCAGAUUUGCCAGACCUCCACAAGAAAAACAAUUAAUAGAAGCCAGAAAGAAAAUUAUGAAGGAGAAGAAAGCUAUGUCACUGUUAAGGGAUACAGCUGUAAUAUUCCUGAUGUUUAUUAUGCUCAUUGUAAUGGCUUAUGGAAAAGAUACUAGUUCACCAUUUUAUAUCAAUCAGGCACUGAAAAAUUCACUUAUCAGAUCUGGGCCAUUAAAAUUUACCAAUAUAAAGUUUUCCAAUGAAUGGUACAAUUGGAGUCAGACAACCAUGUUAGAUAAACUGUAUCCACCAGCCAUAAAUCUUACCAGUCACCAAUACAGUGAGAUCUACCAACUAUUAGACAACAGUCAUAUUAUAGGAAAUGUACAACUGAGGCAGCUCAAGGUCAUCAAAGAAAACUGUGAUUGUCCAUAUAACCUGCCAUUUUUGCCAGAUAGUUGUUACCAUGACUACCAAACAUCUAAGCAGAUGAAGUCCAAGGGAGAUAAAUUGUCUGAUUACAAAGAAGCCACCCUGAGUUUUAACAUAUAUGGGAAGCAUGGGAUUUAUGAUAAUUCUGGAUAUGUUUUACAGCUAAAUAUGACAAGGUCAGAGGUCUUGGUUCAACUUGAAGAACUACAACAGUUGGAUUGGAUCAACAACCAGACACGAGCAGUGAUUGUAGAAUUUACAUUGUAUAAUGCCCCUACUGGUCUGUUUACUUCUGUUGUUAUCUUAUUGGAGAUUCCCUCAUCAGGAGGUGCCUAUCCUGACCACAGGAUACGAUCAACACAUCUCUAUAGAUAUGUUACAAAACUGGAUAAUUUAGUAUUAGCAUUUGAGUUAAUGUUUAUUAUCCUAACAGUAUACAAGAUAGGUGUACAGCUCUGUGAUGUUGUCAGAUUAGAGAUAUACUUCCGUAACUUCUGGGUUGUAGUUGAUACAAUAUCAUCAGCCUUGUCACUGACAUACAUUGUUUUCUAUGUGUACCGAUUUAUCCUUGUAUCUGAGACGGUGGAAAAUCUACGCAGUACAUACUUCAGACAGUUUGUUGAUGUUUCCUUCCUAGCAUUCUGGGAUGAGAUUAUAAGAAGUUUAAUUGGAAUGAUUUUAUUUCUGGUGAUGAUUAAGUUCCUGAAGCUGCUACAUUACAUCAAAAUCUUUUCAAUGUUUGGUACAAUCUACAAAAGGCUUCAACGAGAAAUUGUUACUUUCAUGGCAUUAUUUUUGGGAUCUAUCGUAUUUUUUUCCAGGAUAGGGACAGUGUUAUUUGGUGCCUAUAUUUACAGUUUUAGUAAUGUUAUUGGCAGUAUAUUUACGGUAUCUGCCUUACUAACAGGCAUCUAUGAAGAUUAUCCAAUACCAGACACAUCAGUCGUACAUACCAUCAGAAUCUUUGUCUUAUUCUUCUCUGUGUUUGGUACUGGACUGCUUACUAGCUAUAUGUUAACCGUGUUGACCUACAGGUUCAGAAUACAGAAACAUAAACAUUCAGUAUUUCUCAUGAUGGAACAAAAGGAAACAGUCAUCUUCUACUGGAAGACAUUUUUAUUAUGGACUGGUUUCCAGUCUUUACCUGUUGAUGAGGAGCCAGAAAAUGUUUUACCUCCUGAGUUUACUAUGGCUGAAGUUGAGUAUCAAGUAGAUGAAUUAUUUUUCCGCAUAAACACAUUGACUGGUUCUCACGGGUUACCAGAAAAACCAACCUCAUACUUUACUGAUUCUGAUGAAACAUAUGGACUAGGGGAUGAUGGGAUAUCUAGUGGUGGGUCUGAGGUGAAUUUAGAAGAUGAUGAACGGUUAGAAAACAGAUUACACAAAAUAGAAGACAGUCUUUGUUCACAUGAACAUGAUUACCUGGCUCAUCUGUUAAAACUAAGUCCUGGAGAUGGAAUGACAAAAGGAAGAGAAAAACAGAUAAGGACCAAUUUAGAGAUGGAAAUUUUCAGGCAGCUUCAAAAACAGAGACACAGUUUACCCGACAAAGUAAUAGGAGACAGUUCAAAAUCAUCAACAGACACAUCUGGUACCAGUUCAGAAAUGACAACACCGUUUGGGGACCGGAAAUCAGGGCAGACAAUAAGAAAACCAGUUCUAGGUGUUUCAGGACUACAGCACCAUACUUUUGUUCACCAUGCUGAUAUCUCACCUGUAAAUGAUGUAAAAGAUUCACCACAACAAACAAGGAUGGAUACAACCAGUUCAUCAUCUAAUCCAGACUCUCCAGAUGAACAAUUAAAAAAUGCUGAUAGGGUCAGACUGUUAAAAGAUAAAGGUUGUAAAAAAUCUACUUCAAAGGUGGAUGAAAAUAUCUCUCAGGAUAAAAACACCUCAUCAAAAAUGAAAAAGCCUGAACCACCACAUAAACCUACAUUUCAUCAUCCAGGACUUCGUGAUGUGCAGUCCCAAGAGACUGCAAAGUCAAAUAUUAAUACUGCAAAGUCUAGUGUGUUGAACAGUCCUGCUUUAAGACAAUUACGAUCAAGUCUGCAAGCAAUAGAAAGAGACAGACAUUCAUUUAAAGGGGAGAGUGGAAGCAGUGUUACUACUGAAUCUAGUUCAGGAUCGGAACAAGAUGCUAUUCACGGUAAAGGUAGUGCACAGAUCAAACGUAACUUGAGGAAGACAAAAUCACGAGGUAAAGGCAAAGGGUCGGUCAAUUUGACUUCUGUGUUAUUAGAUGAUCUGGAUACCAGUAAUGAUGAGCUUGGAGCUGCAGGAACAUCAUUUAAAAUUUCAGAAACUGAGCCUAUAUUAGAACAAGAACACAUAGAAGAUUAUUAUGAUUAAUACCAAUAAUUAAAAUACUUGUAUUUAGAAUGACAGGAACUGGAGAAUAAAAAUACUUCCUGAAGUUGUAAUAACAUUUGAAUAAAAAUGAGGCCAGUAUAAUCUUAUGGCACAUAUUAUAGUAGGGAUUACUGUAUGAUACCAUAAAUCUUAAAAGAAGGGAGAACUUUGUAGGGACCAGUAGCCUGAGAUCCUUGAAUAUGGACUGAGCUAAAAAUAACUUCCUAAUUGUACAAUUUGUCCUGUUUAAUAGUUGUAGCAAGAAUAAGAUUCUUCAAUUUCAACAUGUUGACAUCCUGCAAUGUUUGAUGAUGAAUGAGUACAUUUUAGUAUUAAUUUGCAAAUUGUUUGCAAUGUUAGAUUAAGUAAUUUAUAUUUAUAAUAAACCUAUAUUAAGAUAAUUUCAGAAAAAAACUUUAUGACUUUUUAUUCAAGCAUUCUGAAAGUUUCAUCACUGUAUCAAUUGUUAGUAGAAUCUGCAUAAAAACAUCCUCAUUCAAAAGGCUUAAAAUAUGAACUGUUCUACACACUGAUCCACACUAUUUUACUGUACCAUGGGUAUUUGCUCAAGCAUUGUAGUUAAAAUUGAUAUAUGAUGAAAUCUGAAAU